AACAACAACCACCUCUCUAAUCCAACUCCCGUUCCCUCUUGUUUCUCAACACACGUAUCAUAAAAACCAAAAAAGCAAAAUCAAAGACAACUGAUCGCCCCCCUUUCAUUUUAUGUCCGAGAAGUGUCUCCGAAGACGGCUUCCCAGAUGCCGGCGACCACGGCUACCACAUCCGUCGUCCUCCCCACGCCUACAGACGCCUCCCCCACAUCGCCGAUCGUUGAAAAAGUCGUCCAAGUGCGGCAAGAUCCUGAAACGAUCUGCAUCGGAGCCGUGUCUUUGGAGCAGUUUCACUGAAGAUCAACAAACAAGGAGUGGUUUCUUGGGGUCUGAAACGGAGGAAGGCCCUUUAUUCAGGCCUCAAACUUGUACGGACGUCUUCGCUUCGUCUCCUUCUUUGUCGGCUCUUUGCUCCCCUUCUUCUUCUCUAAGACUGGGUUUCGAGUUUGGGACGCAUGUUUACAACAAAGAUGCUAAGGUUGUAAUCAAUGUAUCAGUUGAAGGAAGUCCAGGACCGGUUCGGACCAUGGUCAAAUUGGGGUCCAGUGUCGAUGACACUAUAAAGCUUGUCGUGAACAAGUAUGUUGAAGAAGGGAGAACUCCUAAGCUUGAUUCUAGUUCAGGGCUCGAAUUGCAUCAUUCUUAUUUUAGCCUUCAAAGCUUGGACAAAUCAAUGUCAAUUGGGGAUGCUGGUAGCCGAAGCUUUUAUCUUAGAAAGAAUAGCAGUGGCCAUAGUAGCAAUGGUGCAUCUUUUGUAUCGGAAAUCAAUCCGCCGAGACCGAAUUCUCCUCCUGCCGUUCCGCAUCCAGCGUAUUUGGUUCCGGGUUUCGUUGCUCGAAAACUCAGCAAAAUCGUGAGAAGAACGCGUCGGCUCUGGAAAUUCUUGGUUUGCUUGAAAUGAUCAGGAUAUUAGAGUAAGACAACCUUAAUCAGUCAUACUAUACUACUUGAUUAUCAUGU